GGAAGGACUUGGGCUCUGUCAGCAAUGUGUUCCCGGAAAAGCUCAAAAAUGCCCUUGUCGUUAUCGAUGGCCUCGUCAUGGCGCCGAAUGGAUCUUCCAAGUUUUCCGCCGGACCCCAGGGAGCUCGAGCCACCGGCGAUGAGCUAGCGUGCGGCUUUGUUUCAGGCAGGGCUGAGGAACUACGCCUCAUGGCCGCGCGGAAGACCCACGGCGAGUCCGGGUACUUUUACUCCGGUCAAAUGUACCGUUUUUUUUUUUGUGGCUUCAGUCAAUCAACUGCACUUCAUGUAUUUCAUUACUAUCUGAUUCUGAGCAAUCGCAACUCCUAUUCUUCUGCGAAAUUAUUUUGCCAGUGCAGCCACUUGACGUUGAUUAUUCAGCGAUUUCACCAAGAAAUGCAUAUAACUAUUUCGCAAUCGCAUCAGCACGACCGCCGUUCACGACGACAAAGCUGAAUCCAGUGGGCAUCUCGAAAAACCCGGGUCCACUUGUUCGACUAAAGUUUUACCGACAGUGAGAUACGACUUUUAUCCUUGGCAUAGCUCAGAUAAGCUGCGGGACUUGAUUACGGACUUACCCCGGCUUUUGGACUCAGCGGGCUUGAAGGAACUGUCGGGGAACUUUUCGGAAAGAUUUGGAAUGUGCCAGAAUGCGCCGGCGCAGUAUCAACUGUAAAAAUGUCUGGGUCUGGAACAUUCUGACACUUGUCAUGCACGUUUUGCAUGAGCCCUGAUGUCUGUGAUGCAUGCCCUAGCAUCACAGAUUUUUUCAGAGCUUCUUGAUGCCUAUUCCGCAUGACAAAUGCCCUCUCCGCGUAGCAAAAAUUAAAUUCCUUUUGGUAGUCAUGCAAGACAGAUUUUUUUGGAAUCCAAAUGCAGCAUGACAAGUUGCAUUCUUCCAGACCCAGACAUUUUUACAUUUGAUGCGCAGCCUCCCAGAACGACGACGGAUGGAAAGCCCAACGCCUACCUGCAUAUGAGAGCGGACGUCGGAUACUACCCGCCUCUGGAGUCAGCCGAUGUUGACGUGAAGACACGCGACAGCGGCUGUACAACUACUGCAUCCCGCGAAAACGAAGACGCACGUCGUCAGAGUUACGAUUACCCCGUGCAUCUGUGCGAGUCGGCCGACUACCAGGGUGUCUUGGCUCGGGUAGAAGAUGUGUGCACUGAACUCAACGGCAUCUGGGUCGAGCCAAUGAUAGAGGGGGGCCGAACCGGGCGACUCGGAGUGCACCUCGACAGCGAUCUUCGGGUCUUACGUUGCAAUGGGGAUCAUAUGUUAGGUUCAGAUAUUAACGCCGAUCGUCCCGAUGUGGGAGUUUAUUGUGGGCAUCCGCUUAGCACAAUGCAGCUGGUAUUGGCGCGACCUGAGAACCUGGUGUUGCUCCGUGAAGGUACCGGGCCGUUGUGUGGAGCUGCUCAAGACGCCAGCAAAACAUCUACUUCCAAGUCGACUACGGCGCAAAACAAGAAAGAGAAAACAAACAAUGACAAGAAAACGGGCGGCACCCCCUCGGAGAACCGCGGACAAAAAAAGCAGGGCUCCGGGGGCAAAAAUACAGGCAGCGGUAGUAAUACGCAAAAUGGAGCAAAAAAAAGUACAGCAGAUAAAGAUAAUUCCUCAGCACCAGGCCCCACAUCAGCUUCAGCUGGAGUAGCAGCAACCACAAGGAUCGACCCAAUAAAUCCGCAGCCACAGAAGAAAACAAGCCCAGCACCCCAGAACCCGAAGAAUGGAAAAACCUCCAGGAAAGAUAGUCCCGAAAAGGUCAGUCUUUUCAAAGCCAUUGAGGAACGGUGUUCCGCGCUGACCGCCACGCCGGGUAGCAGCGCGUGCAGUAGCGUGUCGUCGCCCGAUAAGGCUGACGAAAUACUACGCGAAGAAGAUGAAGACCAGGAGGAACAAAAUCCGUCAUUCCCCACGCGGGAGGACGGCGUUAGGCUUCUUCCUACCUUGUUACGAGACAUUUACAGGCUCAUGUAUAACAAGAUCCCUGCGUCUCCGCCUGCUACAGUCGCUAGCUCGUCCACCAAGCCUACGGGAAGUAAAGAUAGCGUCGAUAGUACUAAAAGCACGACAGUAACAAGUUCGUCACCGCCGCCCAACAAACCAAUUGAAAGGCGGCAGUUUCUGACGAAUUUGACACGGUACAUGUUCGGCACCCAAAUCGGAUAUCGUGAUGGCCCAGCAAGUAAAACGGCGGAAAAUAAGAUUGCGGAAAAAGACAAGGAGGGGAAAGGAACAAAUAAAAAGAACCUGGACGCGUGGUGGAAGAAGCCGAUGAAGUGCAGUUUAUGUGGAAUUCCCCACCCAAUCAACGAGAACUGUCCCUCGGACGGUCUAAUGCGAGCCAUUGCCGACAAUUACGAUCUUUUGGGCCAGAUGAACACCGCCAUGACAAACUGGACUGACGUGAUGCCGAUCAUGCUGCACAAGGUCUCCGCGGCGACCGAGACCAACCCGGCGCACCGCAAUCUGUUUAAUUGGGCAUUGGGUUACGAUCGGGAGCUUGUGGAGUAUUUCAACAGCCAGGGGCAAGAACAUCUUAACGCGGGAAAGAUAUUAAAGGAUGCAAAACCGGACUUCUCGGCGGCGUUGCACAAGGGAGAUAGAACUGCAAAAGGGCAAAGCAAGAAAAUGAAAGCCAAAGCGACUGAAGAUGAUCCUGACAUUCCGGUGAAGGUGUUUACGAAGGCAGAGGCCAAGAAGUUCCUCCUGUGGUACCUUCUUCAGGUUCAUUCGCUGCCGCAAGAGAUGGGGAAGGAAGGGAAGCAGAAAAUUGACAAGAUGGUCCGCCUGCAAACGGAGAACUGCGAAGACCACGAGGGUAGACUAGAGUUGAUCGAUUGGGAUUUCCAGAUGCGCGUCUGCCCGAUCGUAGAAGAAGCUCUUUUUUCCGGGCGAGGAACGGAGCUCUUUCCCUCCGGCUUUCUCACCAACAACAGGAAGAAAGGAACCGUGGCGCAGAAGCAGGGAAAUCAAAACAAGAAAAGCGACGGAACCUCCUCCACCAGCACCGCCCGCAAAACGGAGGACGAGGGAACGAAAUUAGCGAAAAGCGCGGAGAUCAUACAUCUUGGCUUUGGUGGGAAGGUAAAGAACAGUCCGGAGGAAGCGAGGCUGAAGCACGAGUUUGAGUACGUGUUUCACAGUACCAAAUGUAAAAAUGUCUGGGUCUGGAAGAAUGCGCGAUUUGUCAUGCAGCUUUUUCGUGACCCAUGAGGUCUGGAAUGCAGGAUCUAGCAUGACAGAUUCUGUGCGAUCUUUCUCAUGCCUAUCCUGCAUGAGAAACUGCCUCCCGACUUGGCUAAAACUGCACUGCUUUUGGUAAUCAUGCAACACAGAUUUUUGCAUGCGUCAGAUUUAGCAUGACAAGUUGCAUUCUUCCAGACCCAGACAUUUUUGCAUUUGAUACACAGAAACGAGGAACUUUUCUGCGAGGCGUACCCCAACUGCUUUCGUUGGUCCUGUUGUGGUAUCAAUUGUAAAAAUGUCUGGGUCUGGAAGAAUCAACUUGUCAUGCUGAUUUUGGAUUCUAAAAAAAUCUGUAUUGCAUGAGCAGCAAAGAGAGUCCAAGUUUUGCUACACGGAAAGAGCAUUUGUCAUGCGGUAUAGGCAUCAGGAAGCCCUCACAAAAUCUGUGAUGCUAGGGCAUGCAUCACAGACAUCAGGAGUCAUGCAAAAUGUGCAUGGGGGAAGACGAAGGCCUGGGGGAAGAUGCAUCAGGGCCAGAAGGCCUGGGGGAAGACGAAUGGCCUCCACCCUCCCCGGCCCGCCAAGAGCGGGAAGAGCGGCCAGUUGACGACGAAGAAGCGCGGGCUCUCGCGGCAUUAAUCACGAGAUCCCACGAAGGUUUCCGGGACGAGGUGGGAGCCAGUACAAGCGAUGACGGCCUACACGAGUUGAUCGACAUCAGUCGCAUCGAUGCGCUGCUAUCGGAUCCGCAGAACGUUGCUCCGAACCCCUUCGAUGCUCCCUCGCAGGCAAUUAGUGAGUUCCUAUGUCACGUCGCGACGCAGGACAGCGAGAUCGACGAAAUGAACACGCAACGCGCCUCCCAAAACGAGCCUAGCCUCCCGCCUGUGCAGGGAGCGCCACCGGAAUCAAUAGAAGUCGUCGUGGUGCCGAUGGAGGAGCACGACGUCGAAGGGGCCGCGACGCAGGGUGGUGACGGCAGCCCGCUAACCAGCCCCCGGCCUUCUGCAGUCGGGUCAUGAAAAGAUGGGCGUGGACGUAAAUCCGCGAGACGCGGCUAGCCGGGCUCCCUUCUGGCGGUGCUCUCGGUCUCUGAAAAUUAGGGCCGCUUACGACCUCAAAGCACUGAGCACGACCUCAAAGCACUGAGUAGGUUCGAUUAAGCGAUGUCUCUUUGCCUUGUACUUAAGUUGACUGCGUCUGCUACUAUACAUCUUCACCUGGGCGAGCCUCCUACGACCUAAAGUUGAACGCUUGCUGUGAACUGGGAACAAGUCGCCGUGUUCCUAGGUCCUGCCACGUACGGAAGCCGGGUCAGACUCUUCGCAGGCGCAAGCCCGGUGGCCGCAAGCGGAGCGGUCUUGGUCUCCGCGUGAGAGACUUCAAUGUAACCCCACUGGCAACACAUCUGGUUUCUUGAAAUGAGGACAAGAUGACAGCCGACGCAUCCAGACCGAGCCCAAGAGCUGAGCGCAAUCACGAGCGGACAAGGAGCGAUUUAAAAGCGGACGCGCCCGUCGGCGACUCCUCGCAGUGAAAAAAUGAAGACGUGUCUAUCCCGUUGCUACGGCAAACGUGUCUAUGCUAGUGCACAGCUGCAGGACGGGAGGCGCCCUCCUUUUGGGUGCAAUUGGUAGUGCAACGCGGAGAACCGAUACACAUCCUCCGCGUCGUCAACUGGGGCAAGAUAUGUCUGCUCAAAGCUGCUGGCGAGGUCCGUGCACAUGUCGCUUUCCACUUGCGUAUUGGGUUUCCGUUUUCUUUUUUCUCGGUUGUGUCUUGUUCGGCCUUGCCUCCCUGUGCUUGGCGUGUUUCUGUCAUGCGUUUUUCAGAUCGGCGAUCCGCAUAACAUGAACGUAUAUCUCCUCAGUAAACAGACCUCACUACGCACCAGCUUUCCUAUCCCGAGCGCGACCAUAAGAUUAUCCAGCAACAAGCGCGGCCUUGAUGGACAUCGACUGCCAGCCCCACAGCAAGGCCCUCUUCUAAUGCUAAAUCGCGUCCCCCGUCCUCGCCCGGGGUGCGAGUCAAGUUCCCAGGCUGUCCUCGAGUCCGGCGCAGUGGUUUUCCACUUUCAGCUCGUGUCUGAAGACAAACAGGCGUGCGUCACUUGCGGCCCAAUACCUAGUUUUCGCGGCGGGUUACUUUCCCGGGCUUACCUCGCACUCGAGCUCAGCGAAGCAGUUUUCCAGUUUCAGGUCGUGUCUGAAGACAAACAGACACUCACUACUGGCGGCUCCGCGCCUAGUUUCUGCUCGCCCUCGCCAGGGGUGCGAGUUAAGUUCCCAGGUAGUCCUCGAGUCCGGCGCAGUGGUUUUCCAUUUUCAGCUCGUGUCUGAAGACAAACAGGCGUGCGUCACUUGCGGCCCCACACCUAGUUUGCGCGGCGGGUUACGUUCCCGGGCUUACCUCGCACUCGAGCUCAGCGAAGCAGUUUUCCAGUUUCAGGUCGUGUCUGAAGACAAACAGACACUCACUACUUGCGGCUCCGCGCCUAGUUUCUGCCGCUGUACACGAGAAGUGUCGAUGUGGGAAUGGCUUACGAGGUUGCGGCGCGAAGACUUUCUGACCUUGCUGUCGCGCGGCCACACCUAGGCGGAGCCAUGCGGCGGAUGCGAGCGGAGGCCAGUGCCGUCGAGAGCGAGCGGCGACGGAUCCGGCGAUGAGAUAAGUGUUGCUCGCAGCUAUCGACGCUGACGACGAGCAUGAGCGCAGGAGCCCAACGUAUAUCACUUCGAAUUGUGUGGGCCGGCGCACUCAGUUCUUGUAGUGUUGAAACAGGGUGGAGGGGGCAAGCUUCCACCACGGCAUCGCCGGAUGGAUCCAACAAAAUAUCUGAGGCGUAAGUCAAGGCAGAAGCUCGGUCUUUCUCUAGCUUCCUCUUCCUUCUGUUUUCUUGGAUGUCAAGUGAUGCGUUAUAGAAAAUCAAACUACAAAAACAUCGGUUUGUCAUGCUGACAUCUCAUGUAUUGCGGAAGAUGUAGUGAAAGUCGUGUCAUGCUCAGCCAUGGCCGCUCUAAUUCCAGCCUUCUCGCAUCAGGAUCAAGCACAUUUCUGCCUUGCCUUUUACAGUUCCAUACUUACUACAAACCUAUCUGCUACGAGCGAAAGACGACACGCAGCAACUUCGGAAACCUUAGCCGCGUACACAUGCGACGCCCGGUAUGCGAUUGACAGACAGAAGCCUCUGCCAUGGCCGAGGGCUAGACGGCUUCCCCGAGCAGAAGUGAUGCCAGCUACCGCGACGGGGGGCGGUCGGGGGCGACAACAAAACUCGCCCAAAUAGGACAAUCGGGCAGCCUGGUGCUCCUUAAAGCUUCCCUCUCCAGACGCGACUCAGCACAGCCACUCCUAACCCUGCUGUGCUAUGUUGUCGCGAUGUCUGGCCUUCCAUCGAAGUGGAGUGGGAGUGUGUCUAGCGGACGAGUGACAAUGCCUCGAGGCAGAGCGGCGUGCACGACGUGAAUUUUUGACGAUGGAUCCGGUGAACAUAAUGACGAGAGAUGCUCGUCGUCCUCGGUGGUGUAGACGGGGCUGAAUGCGGGGUGCCUUAGAUUAUCCCCUCUCGUGGCCGUCCUGGUGCGCCUUCUCAUGUGAGGUCGUUGACAUGGCUCGGUGGGAAAUUCCCGUUGCGCGAGGCUCUUGCCUUGCCCUCUGUCUUCGUCCCCAGUGGUGUUGCGACAGUAGAAGCGUCUGUUGUGGCCGUCGGAGCUUGCUCUGGGUCUUGCGGCUCCUCUCGUCUUCGGUGGAGUACCUGAGUGGCUUCUGCUGCUGCCUCCGUUGACUUUUGGCUGCUGCUUGACUGGCGGUUGGGAACACUUCAGGCGUCUUUGUGCUGCGCUCCUGCCGCGUGGUCCCCAGUGUUCCCCGGGUCCGGAACUCUGGGUUACCUUGGUCGAGUUGGUGUCACUGUCGGUUCACCUAUGUCCCUGCCUUUCUGUUCUUGCCACUGGGAACAGUCUGUGCGUUUCUCUCGUCAGCGGCUUCCUGGCGCUGGAGCUCGUUGACGGUUGUUUCGGGAGGUUCCUAACGGCCCCUGAGGACAUUGCCUCGUUGCCGACCAGGCCGAACUUAGAGGUCGGCUUCGGGAAGAUUCUCCGGAGUUGAGUCUGCCUUGGCAGGUCUCUUGUGAAUGCGAGGGCAGUGGUUGGCUGAGGUUGUUGGAGCGUUCCUUAGUGUCGCUCAUGUUCAUCUAGGAUCCUUCUCCAACAUCCUCAUUUCCUGUGUGGUCUAAUGCAGAUUGCAGAUCACAAUACAGGGCCACCCUCGCAUCUCACCUCCAGGGGGGGCGCGCGGACCUCGCUUGCCAUCUCGUUUGGUCUCGCGAAAGACUGCUGCACUUCGUUGCCAUUGCUCUUCGUUCGUGAGUACCUACCGCCCCCGAUGGAGCUAGAUCGCAAAUUCGUACGCUCCUCAUGCUGAAAUGCCGGAUCUUCCCUGCUUUCCCCGCGUUCCCACGUAGAUGCAGGUCUCUACCCUUUUACUUCUUUCUCGUCGUCUUGCUUACUUCUGGAAUCCUUGUAGCGCUAGGUGGCGGACCCCGCAUUUGUUGCAGGGGCAGAUGUUUUUUUUUCGUCUUGCCAACGGGCUGAUCGGGGUCGGUCGUUGAUAGAUACUUUUUAGCCUUUAGCUUCUACCUUUUACCGCCCUUAGAGGCAGCCACUCUAUUUACUCGCUGAUGGGCCGCACCCGGAAGCACCAAGUUUCUUUUUGCUAUCUCUAGGCGGGUGCAGUGGUGGUUUCGGUCGGGCCGCACCCAAGGACUCCACCCACUCACCGCGCGCGUGUGUGCUCUCUUUUGGCUGCAUAUAAGAAAUAAUUAAUAAUAAGUCCACCUAUUUCAAGGGGCCGCACCCCGCUUUUUAUGCCCGGCCCCGUUCCUGGCACACAGCGUGCUCCAUGAGGCGGGCGCAUAGAUGGGCUCUUAGAUCCCGCGACACUCAUGUGGACACACUAAAGCUCCAUGAUGACGAACAAAAAAUUCAACUUACAGCUACCGCUUCGCUUUGCAAACACCGCAAUCGAGGUAGUGCUGACCUGUUUUAUACCGUAAUACGUAAAUGUCUGACAAUUCAAAAAAACAAAACUACUUCAUCUUCUCGUCGCCAUCAUAAGUGCCUUGAGGUGCCGCACACCUCUAUCUCUAGUUUCUUGUUGAUUACUUCUCGCUCGUUCGGUCGCGCAUGUGCGGUGCAGCUCGCUCAGAGUUUUUUGUUUUUCAUGCGACUCUGCAGCCCUCACGCAUAAAUGUUUGCAUGUUUCAAGUCCUUGGACUUUCUUGGGCUCACGCACAUCCGAGAUCGGGGGGGUGGGAGGGGGUCUCCAAGCCAGAAAAAAUUCCCCCGAGUGUGAAUCGGGAAUAUCAAGGUGCAAAAUGUGCAUGACAAACCUGGCAAUCUUCCAGACCCAGACAUUUUUCCAUUUGAUAUGUGGGCAAAUUUUUCGGUCCGAAACGGAGCGGCCGCACAUCGCCCCCUUCAUGUACCUGAUGCAGCAGGAGUGCCUGCCUCCAGAAAGCCUUCCCAUAGCUGGUUUGGAAAACUGCGCGGCCAGCCUUUGGCUCGACCACAGCGGAGUUCCGGGGAAGACGACUUCUACUGAGGACACAUCGUCAAACAAGUACAUGAUCCAAAAGCACCCCGCUGUGCAGAAAUUUUUCCACCAAGUACCCUACCUUAGCUACUUGGUGCGCGAGUUUGUGUCGCCGUUGAUGCAUGGCCAACCUCGCUCUACGCUUGCCUCGAAGCAGGCUGGUGCGCCGAAAAAAACGAGAGACCAAGCGGUGCUUAGUUCUCUGCCAGGAAUGGACGCUUUCGCCACCCCCACGCCCCAGUCUCAGUUUGACAAGGCCUACCACAGCCUAUACAUGACGCCUGGCAUGUCGCCGCAGCAGUGGCAAGCGUUGGUGGGAAUCGAUCUACCCAUGCACACUGUGCCCGAUGCGGGGAAGGAGCACAUCGCAGACUUUGUCUCGGCAGUCGCUAAGCUUCCACAAGGUUGUACAGGUCCUCCUCCUCCUCCUGCCACAAUAGCAGUAAAGGACGAAGCUGCUGAAGAAGAAUCCGCAGAGGAGGAACAGGAGACGGAGGUGGCGGGAGGUGAUUCGGUUUCGGAAUCCAUAAAGGUUCUUGGUGCUUAUCCCGUCUCCCUAGAAGAGAUGAAGAACUUAUCGAAAGGUUGGGAAAGGGUUUCGAAAACCUGCACUCAGCAGUGAAAACAUUUUAUUUGGGUAAUGCCGUAACAAGUACAUAAAAUUCUUUCUUGAGCGAUGCAAUUUUCUAUGUUUAAACCUAGAGCUACAGUACCGUUGAAGGUCGUGCUUUUGGCGCGAACCGAUCGGAAUUUAUCACUCUUCUAAUCGAACCAAAAGUGUCUGUCAUGAUGAAAAAAAAAAAGACGUGAAAGUUUCAAGC